CGGCGCCCGCCAGCUACCGCCAAAUCUGCCGAGACGGGAGGCAUCCAACAUCCGCCGCCUCCGUCUCGGCUACAAAUGUGCGUCGGUCCUUCACCCGGAUGACCCUGUCCCUGUCGAGUGCCCGUACUGCGAGGAGGAGGUCCUCCAGCCGCUCCUCCACUACCUCCUCGAGUGCGGUGCGACGCGCAACCUGCUUCCAAACCGGGAGGGGCUCUCAGCGCCAGCCUUGGUGGGGGCCCUGGACGACAGGGCGCUUACUGCCCUAGUGCGGGCAUAUGAGCCGCCCAGGUAGGCUCUCUGUUCUGUAUAUAUGGGCGUGUUAGAGCGUGUAUGUAUGUGUGGGUGUUUGUGUGUGAGUAUGUGCGUGAAUGAAUUUUUAAGUCAGCUACAGGACGCCUGGUGCGCCUGUGCCCCAACCCACUUAGUGGGAAGGGGUGUUAACAAUCUAUAUAUGUGCGUACAUUGGCGUGUGUGUGCGCGUGUGUAUGUAUUUCUGUACCUGCACACGUGCGCGCGGCGUGCCGUGUAUGCACAUAUAUAGCCCCAGCCAUGACUGCGACGGGCCGUCGUAGUCGACAAAGGCCCGUUCCCCUUCUUAGGGGUUAAUCUUAAAGGAAGGAAGGAAGGGCGGCCCGGCAACAUUCGCUCGCCGUCUGGGAACGAAGAAGCAGACAUGCCCCCCAAAGCAUCAGGAAAGGCCGCCAAGAAGGCUGGCAAGGCCCAGAAGGCCAUCGCCAAGGGUGACAAGAAGAAGAAGCGCAGGAGGAAGGAGAGCUACUCCAUCUACAUCUACAAGGUGCUCAAGCAGGUCCACCCCGACACCGGCGUCUCCUCCAAGGCCAUGUCCAUCAUGAACUCCUUCGUGAACGACAUCUUCGAGCGCAUCGCCGCCGAGGCCUCUCGCCUGGCCCAUUACAACAAGCGCUCCACCAUCACCAGUCGGGAGAUCCAGACGGCCGUCCGUCUCCUCCUGCCCGGUGAGCUGGCCAAGCACGCCGUGUCCGAAGGCACCAAGGCCGUCACCAAGUACACCUCCUCCAAAUAAGCAACCCACCAACUUGCUUGCACUGGAAAAGAACCGGCUCCAUCGGAGCCACAAACUAUUU